GGAAAAAUGGAACCGGCGUUCGUGGCAGAAUCUCUGCUCAGGUCCGAUCGUCCACUGAAAACUCACCGGGACACGGAAACGGCGAGGGUGAUGCUGAGGGUGCCGGCGAUGACUUGACUCGCAACUCAUUAACUCCGGUUCGAAGUUUUUCGCAUUGGUCCCAACAGUGGAGCACCGAGACGGCGGAGCCGAAACUUUAUGGCGGUGUUGAUUCAAACGGCGGCGAACCUGAUUGGACGGACACGUGGAUGCAUGGCGAUCAUCAUUUCUCUCCCUCAAUUUCUGGGUCCUCGGGUUUGGAUCUGAAGUGUAAAGCUGACCCGGUGAGUUUGGGCUGGUCAGAGUGGCAUCCCGAUGAGACGGGGCAAGAGAUUGAACAUUCAAGUUUGGAAGAUAACACUUCUUUUAACUUCUGUUUCUUGGAUGAUGAAGCUUCUUCUCCAGUGGGCUUGCGAAUUUGGGCAACACUUGCUUUCUUAAUGCUGUGCUGCAAGGCCUCAUGCACAUAGUGCCAUUACUACAGAGUAUUGAAGCUUAUAGUCAUCCAUCCCCAUGUGACGCUUUUAAUGAAGUGUAUUGUGUACUCUGUGAUCUUAAAGAGCUUACGAAUGCCACCCUGUCUUCUAAGGGUAGCAUCGUUAAUCCCUGGAAAACUGUCAACAAUUUCAGUUAUUUUUCAUCUAGUUUUCAGAGGUAUCAACAGGAAGAUUCUCAUGAAUUUCUACUGUGUUUUCUGGAUGGACUUGAAAGAUCUUGCAGCUAUGUAAAGCCGGAGGGCCAGGUGUACUCAAAUCAUGUAAAUUUUGUGAAACAGACUUUUGGGGGUCACCUCAUUAGCAAAUUGCAGUGUUUCAAUUGUGGCCACUGCUCUAUAACUUAUGAGCCACUGGUUGACCUGAGCUUGGAGAUAGGCGAUGCAGACAGCCUCCAUAUGGCUUUGGAUUCUUUCACGAAAACUGAAAAGAUUGAAGAUACUGCGGCAAAGUUCACAUGUGAAAAGUGCAAGUUACAUGUGUCCCUUGAGAAGCAGCUUUUGUUGGACGAGACCCCUUUGGUUGCCAUCUUUCAUUUGAAGAGAUUCAAAAAUGAUGGUUCUCUUGUUGAGAAGAUUGACAAGCACAUCGCAUUCCCGCUUGAAUUGGAUUUGCUUCCUUAUGUGAAAAGAGACAAAAAACAUGCGGAAUCGAAAUAUAAUCUAGUGGCAGUUUUGGUGCACAUUGGGCUGACAUUGCAUUCUGGGCACUACUACUGCUUCAUCCAUUCUUCCCCCAAUGAAUGGUACAAGUUUGACGACUCAAAGGUUACUCGGGUCCAAGAAGAUUUUGUUAUGUCUCAGUCCGCAUACAUUCUCUUCUAUGCAAGACAGGACACUCCCUGGUUCUCAGAUUUCAUACAAACAAAGCAUCUCAAACCAAACAGUUCUCCUAAACAGGUGUUAUAUAAUGUUGACUCAAUCUCUGGUUCUUCUCCCAUAAGGGAAAUUGGGUCAAGACACAAAGUGAUUUGCACAAGUGAAAAAGGAAAGGAAAACUUAUGCAAUUCUUCUGAUGAUAUCUGUUCUGCCAAUGCCGAGAAAACACCUACUCGAUCAGUACUUAAAGAAAACAAUACAAAACAGGAUUUCAGGGCGAGCAAACGACGUGGAGAUGUGACUAGUAAAACUCGUUCAGGAUGUCCAGAGCAAGAGAUAUAUGAAGAAGACACAACUGAUGAAAUUUGUUGCAAAAAAGAUGAAUCUCAUAAGAGGGCGGAGGCGGACCUAGAAGGAAGUAUGAAGAAGAGAAUGAGAAGAAGGGAAGCUGUUUGUCCAGUUGGAGAUAGUGGUGAGCUGUCUCUGCGGCGUUCUUUACGGUUACGUCCUUUGAAGGCCAGCAGCCUCAGGUGAGAAGAAGGUGAAAACCAGGUUAGCAAGGGGAAACUUCUUUUUAGAUGCAUUGUUAAUUGCAGUGUUUUUUUCUCCUAACCCCCCUUUUCCACUACAAUAUGAUGUAGUAUGUCCAUGGUAGUUACUAAUUGCGGUAAUAAUUUAGUUACCGUCAGAUACUCAUAGGUUC